AUGAAGGUGAUAUCACUUUUUCUUGCAGUGUGCCUGACAGUGUUUGGCAUUGUCACUGGGACAGUGGAGGGGCAACCUUCUGGAAAGGCUAUGACUCUCAAGGGAGCUGAAACAUUGUGUAACCUCAGUCAUGCCUUAAGGGUUGUGAGUGCUGAGAUUCUGAAGAAGCACCAAAAUGCGACAGGAAUGGUAGAUAAGUUUCGGGAAUGGCGGCAUCGGCAUGGUGUAAAGGGGAGAACAUGGAAAGCAAUAGUGCAGGGUCUGGAGAAGAUAGGGGUUGUUAAUGGAAGUGAGAUGAAAAAUGUAAAGAAAACAUAUGUGGAAAUGGAAAAAGUAAUGAAUAAUAUGGAUAAUGCUCUUCAGGUAAUGGAUGCUAGUUUCUUAGACAUUGUGAGAGUCUCCUAUCAUGUUGUGAAUGCAUCACUGUCAAUUGGACAAGUAUUGAGGGAUUUGGUAGUAUUGUUUGAGAAAACGAAGGAUGAAGAAAGUAAAUGGUGUUGUUUGGUGAAGGAAGCAGGCUCUUCGGGAGGUGAGAAUGGAUGUGGAAGUGGUGGGGAAGGUAAUUGCAAAUACGAAGCAGCGGAAGCCCCAAACAAAUGUAAUAUGUCUUUCACUGAGGAUAAUUCAGAUGAUGGUAUAUUGUCUGUGCUUAAAAAAUACACAGCUAACCGAGAAGUCGAACUAACAGCCGAUAACAGCACAAAGUGCUGGAUCAUGGGCACGGAAAAGGUUGCAAAUGGAGGACCUGGAUCUUUCAUAGUGGGGACUACUGGAGGGUUUGUUACCUACAAAAAAGAUUCUGCCGUUAUUCUGAAAUCUAGUGACAUGGUGCGCGAACUGAUCAAGAACUACACUUUGGUUAGAAGAGGAUAUGAAAGUAUUACAAAACAGUACCGUGAUGUACAGCCAACCCUUACAUCCUUUGCAAAGCAUGAAAAUAAACUAAAAGAAUUGUUAACUCAGAGCCCGAUAGUGCGUAGAUAUUUCAAGGAGAGUGGGAAGAAGCGCAAGGGAGGUGAGGAUGAAGACGAUGUUAUAGAUGAAGAAGGAUUCAAAAUGAGGAAGCAACACGCCAUAAUAGGUCUAAUAUUUUUUGCAGAAAUGUUGGUUAUGUGA